AUGGCUUCGGAGAGGCCGGCGGGCGUCUACAGAGGCCUCGCCAAACCCAAGAAGGAGCAGGGCGUCGUGUUUACGAAGGCGGCCUCCGACGAGGCCAGCAUGCCUCGCGCUUCGGCCCUGCGGGGGCGCAGGGCAGCGUUUCCCAAUGUGACCUUGGCGGGCGUGCCGUCGGUAGCUCGACAGCGUGGACGGGAGGUGCAGUUGGCAAGUCCUGCCGUUCAACUGGCCGAUGGAGUCGGGGCCCAUGCGCCAGAUCAUCUCAGGUGUGAGCGCGUGACCAAGAACUUUGCCAACUUUGAUCGGAUUGGCAGCGGCUCUUCCAGUGUGGUCUACCGUGCGCGACGACUCCACGACAACAGGAGGGUCGUCAUCAAGGCCAUGCGCCGCUCGGAUGCGGGCGAGACGUCCCUGGCGAAGCGGGAGUUCGAUCUCCUCAGCGGGCUGAAGCAUCCCAACAUUAUCGUCGCCCUGGACGUCGUGGAGUCGCCGUCGUGUGUGGCGCUGAUGCUGGAGGACAUCGCCGGCCGCAGUCUGCGCUCGGUGGUGCGCUCCGCUUGCGCGGGCCGCCUGGACGAGCCGAGCACCAUGCGCCUGUUCGUCCAGUCGGCCGCCGCUCUGGACUAUUCGACAGCGGACCUGCAUGGCAGGAACAUCGUUCACCGCGACCUGAAGCCCGCGAAUUGCCUCGUCUCGAAGGAGGGCGUCCUGAAGCUGAUCGACUUCAACGUCGCCGCCAGCACCGAGGGGGGCGACCUCCUGACCCCCACCGGCACGAGGGAGUUCCGUGCCCCGGAGCUCCUGAGCAGGCCCUACACGCCGUCAGCGGACGUCUGGUCCCUCGGGCUGUGCCUGCACUUCAUGCUGCACGGCCGCACACCCUCCCGCGGCGCCGACGACCGGCCGACGGCCAUCUCCGUGAUGACGGCCUCCUCCGCGACGGCCUCGGACGGCGACGCCUCCGAUGGCAGCUCCUAUGGCGGCGCCUCGCCGAAGUGCUCCCACCAGGCGCGCGCGAUGACGGAGCAGCCCCGCGACGAGUGGGGCGGCAGCGUGUGGGCUCUGCGGCGGUGCUGCCACCGGGACUCGACUGGCGGCAGCGGGCCACCGCCAAGGAGCUCUUCGCUGGCGCCUCCCGCUGGCUCGCCCGCCGCUGAGCCUGGCGCGCGGGGCGAGCGCGCGGGGCGAGCGCGCGGAGCGCGCGCGUGGCGUUGCCGUGGUGCCCGCGCGCCCGGGUCUGCGUGUCGGUGUCCGGCUCGCAGGAAGUUGCCUGCCGCCGCGGCGGUGCUGCGCGGGGCAGCUCGGCCAGUGGUGCCCACGCUCUGA